GCGCGCGAGCAAAUCAAUGGAGUGGGUGAAUUGUCUGGUUCUCCGUAUCCUUCUCUAGCCUGUCAAUUCAAAUUUCAAAUGAAUAUAGUUUUGAGUGAUUCUUCUCGACCCGUAAUUAUUUAUUUAAUUUUGCCGUUAAUUAAGUUAGUUCCACGGAUUAAACGGCGAAAUGAAUCUAGCUUACAUGAGAAUGACGAUGAAGGCGGCGGUGGGGCAGGUGGAGCGGUGGAGAAAUUUGGUGGUGGAGGGGUGCGCGUCGAAGGCGUGGUCGCUGGUGUACGAGAGGGAUGCGCCGUGGUGGGAGCAGAUUCUGGACCCCAACGGGGAGCUGUGCCUGAAAUGGAACCACAUCUUCCUCGUCACCUCCCUGGUGGGCCUCUUCAUCGACCCCCUCUUCCUCCUCCUCCCUCAGAUCAUGACCGCCGCUUCCUGCAUGUACGUCGACAUCCCCCUCGGCUUCACCCUCAUCUUCUUCCGCGUCAUCGUCGACUUCUUCUCCGUUCUCCAGAUCCUCAUGAAGUUCCGCACCGCCUUCGUCUCUCGCACCUCCCGCGUCUUCGGCAAAGGCGAGCUAGUGCUUCAUCCCCGCCUCAUCGCCAUCAGAUUAUUAUUUGGUUUAUAAUGCCGCUGAAGAAAAGCCCUACGGCUGCUCAUGCGAAUCAUGCCAUUACUCUGGUGAUUAUGCUACAAUAUGUUCCCAAGCUGUUAGUCAUUUUCCCAUUGAACUGGAAGAUCAUCAAGAACACCGGGGUUGUGGCAAAGACUGCUUGGUCUGGUGCUGCAUAUAAUCUUCUUCUCUAUAUGUUGGCUAGUCAUGUUUUAGGAGCUGUAUGGUAUCUGAUGUCGAUAGAGCGAGAGUUGUCAUGCUGGAAGAUGGAGUGCAAAAAGGAGGAGAAAUGCAACCCCUUAUUCCUGGACUGUUCUUACGCCGCGGCAAUGGAGAAGCGGGAAGAGUGGGCAGCGUCCACUCAGGUGUUCAAGAAUUGCAAUGCCCGAACCACACCCAACGGCUUCCAGUUCGGGAUGUUCGCAGCUGCAUACAACGACCAGGUUUCCUCUGCCACCUUCUUUGAGCGCUACUUUUAUUGCCUCUGGUGGGGUUUGAGGAGCCUCAGGUUCGUAUAUAUACCCAACCUUCUUUUCUUUUCUUUUACAGUUAUGCCCGCAUGAUUUAUUUAUUAUGAUCAAUGUGUUCCCUUACACUUUUUUGAUCAAGCAAAAUCAAAUUCUUCUUAAUAACAUUCUAGGGAGGGUUCCAAAGGAGAUUACAUUCACAUAUACACAAUGGACAGGAGGAAAAUCUAAUCUUAUUUGAGUUUGAGUGUGAGAAAAUAAAAGCAAGUACUGUGAUAAAAUAAAAAGUAAAAACUAAAAAAUGGGGCAGGUAAUGGGUAUGUACAAAACGGUAACCCCACUAUUAUUACCCGUGAAAACAUAAUGGUUAUUCAUCAUCCGGUAUUUGUUACCCGAGUAACACGUACAGUUUUCCACAUUAUCAACAUUUUAGCUAAUGCUAAUGCUCUUAAUUACUAUAUACGAGUAGUACUUUAGUAGGACUAACGUGACAACAUUUAUCUCAAAUGUUGAUAAUGCUAAUGAUGUAUUUCCGAAGUUUUCAUUAAGGUAUACACUAAUGAAAUUAUAAAAUUCUAGUUUGCAGUUCGUAUGGACAAGGAAUGGAGACCACAACAUACACCGUUGAGACACUAUUUAGUUCUAUUAUCUGUCUUAUGGGCUUAGUUAUUUUCGCACUUCUGAUUGGAAAUAUGCAGGUACUUUUUCCCGUUGAGACACUAUCUAGUUCUAUUAUCUGUCUUAUGGGCUUAGUUAUUUUCGCACUUCUGAUUGGAAAGGUGCACAUAAGUAGAUGAUGAUAAUUGGACGCAUUGCCUUAGCUUCCAUAGCUCCAUUUAUCCUUUUCCAUUGAUGGUACAUGUAAAACAUAAAAACAAUAUCAUAUCCACACCCAUGACUUCAUUUGAUGUACCAUUCGAUCUCCUCUUAAUCGACAACCAUACGCUCUCACGAUUGAAGCUCAAACAAGAGUCCAAUUAUUCCUAAUAAAGAAUGAUCUUGUUUUCUUGAAAUCUCAUCAAAAGAAAUCAUUUCUUAUUUUUCUUUUCUCUAAUUGAAAAUUGAUCACCAGUUUGAGAAAUGGCCAAUGGCAGAGCAUAGGCAGAGUUCAAUUUAAAUAGUAUUAGCAUAUCAAUCUCCAUCAUUUCCAAUUGAGCCAAAAACUCACUAUUUUUUGGCUUGGAGUAUGAUGAAAUAAAGCAAAAUGACUCACUAAACUGUUUGUGCUUUUUUGUUAUGAAGCAAUAGUCAGUCCAUGCAAUUUUCGAUGCGAUUUUCAUUAUGAGUCGUCUCUCUCCCUCCUUUAAAAAGGAUGACACCCCAUCCCUGAGGGCCCCCCAACACCGACCGGACGGCAUGAUAGGAGGAUGUAAAUUGGACUAAAUCACAAUUUGACAGAUAGAGAGUGGGGCUCUGUCCCCGGUAUUUGCAGAGGCCCUAUGCAUUUUUUGCAUAGUAACCUCUCAUCGCAGUUGCCGGGAUUCGAACCCGGGACCUAACCCUUGUGGCACUCCCUCACUACCAUUUGAGCUACGCCCACAGGUCACUAUCCCUGCUUUAGUACAUGGGUUGUGUACAUCCGACCCCCUAUCCCACCGUAGGUGGGAGCCGUUGCGGCACUGGGGUCUAGGGUAAUGUUGUUGUUAUUGUUGUUAUGUUGUAUCAAUAUUCAUGCACUAGAAUUGUGUGUAAGUUUCAAUACAAGCUUGAAAAUGUUGGAAAUGUGAAAAUUAGCUUUAAUUGAUGAGACUCGUAUAUGAAUCAUGUAUGUAAAUAAAUAAUAUGAAUUGAGAAGUACUAAUUAAUUGUGUGUCAAAUAUUCCGUUGUAUGAAUUGAAGGAAGCCUUUAAUGAUGCUUUGAGUUUGAAAUAUGAUAUUAGUUUCAAUUUGAUUGAAGUCUUACCUGCAAUCAAUGUCAACAAGACUGGAAGAAUGGAGGGUGAAACGCAGAGAUACUGAGGAGUGGAUGCGACACCGUCAAUUACCCCAAGAACUGCAGGAACGUGUUCGCCGAUUUGUUCAAUAUAAAUGGCUUGCCACUAGAGGAGUGGAAGAAGAGGAGAUAUUACGUUCAUUACCUUUGGAUAUACGCCGCGAAAUACGACGACAUCUUUGUCUAGCUCUUGUUCGUCGGGUACGUAUGUCUUACCCCGUUUUGACUUUUUAUCCCAUUUUUUUGGUGACAUUAGAAUCAUUCAUGUGCACACCCAUUUAACAUAAAAUCAUUUAGCUUUUUAGCCAUAUUCCUUCACAAUUUUUGGGUUGAUGGGUGCAAUACAUAUCAUUAAUGAUUAUGAAAGUAGUAUACAGAAUCUAAUAUAGUCCAAAACGUGGGUUCAAAGUCAAAUUCUCCAACCAUUAAUUAUAUCUAGAAAUGGUUAGACUGUAUACUUGGUACAUAAUUACUCAUUCCACUAUUAUGUUUUGUUAUGCAUAUACAUACAUAGGUCCCUUUUUUCGCACAAAUGGAUGACCAGCUUUUAGAUGCUAUAUGUGAGCGCCUAGUUUCAUCGUUAAACACAAAGCACACAUUCAUCGUCCGGGAAGGCGAUCCAGUGAAUGAGAUGCUUUUCAUUAUCAGAGGGCAACUCGAGAGUUCCACCACAAAUGGGGGGCGCUCUGGAUUCUUGGACUCCAUAACUCUUAAACCCGGUGACUUUUGCGGCGAAGAGCUACUGACGUGGGCACUAAUGCCAAAUAUGAACGCCAACCUUCCAUCAUCAACACGAACAGUGAAAUCGCUUACAGAGGUCGAGGCAUUCGCUCUCCGAGCUGAAGACCUGAAGUUCGUGGCGAACCAGUUCAAGCGCCUGCACAGCAAAAAGCUGCAGCAUGCUUUUCGGUGUUACUCGCACCAGUGGAGGACGUGGGGAGCUUGUUUCAUCCAAGCUGCAUGGAGGCGUUACAAGAGGAAGAGGCUGGCAGAGGAGCUGGCUAGACAAGAGAGCUUGGCCUGUACAAAAUAUAUGGACAUGGAUGGUGGUGAUGAUGGUGAUAGUAUUUUUGAAGACAGCAAUGCUCAACAUCUGGGUGCUACAAUUUUGGCUUCAAAAUUUGCAGCGAACACUAGGAAAGGCGCUGCUGCUGCUGGCCAGAAGGUGAGAGUGGUGGAUCCUACUGAUCCCGGUUUGCGGAUGCCCAAACUUUUCAAACCCAAUGAACCCGACUUUUCUGGACAUGGGGCAGAAACUCAACCUGCGGGUGAUCCGUUUGAGUGAAGAUCCCUCCAUUAUAGUAUUAUACUAAUAAUUAAUACUGUACUAAUAUAGACAGAAGUCUAUCUUGAGUCUCAUAUACUCCCUCUAUUCCAUAGUUAAGUUUACAGUUUGAUUUUUCGAGUCCAAUUUUAUUAAUUUUGACCGUCAAUUAUGAGCAUCUAUAUCGUAUAACCGGUUGUACAGUAUGAUUUGUCCAGCCCGUGACAUUUUUGUAAUUUUAGUUUAAAUUCACGACUUCCGGUUGUACUUGUAUUGAACAUCAAGCCUAUUAUGUUGAACAUUAGAAAUCUAAUAUUGAGUAUCGUGAUAUCUGCUUCGUACUUCUAA